UAUGUAUUACCUACUACAACUGGUUUUUCUAAUUUGGCGACUAGUUGAUGGAGUUGUGGGUGAAAUGAUGAUGUUGAUGGGUUACGGGUUCGAUUUAUAGUUAGUUUAGAUGCUCAGUGAUAUAUAAUAUAAAUAGUUAGUGAGUGUUAGAGAAAGUUAGUUGGUUGGCUUUAAUUAUUUUGGGGACGGUGAAGUCGGCAUUAAUGGCAUUUAUGGGGAGAGCAUGGCAUGUAAAGAGAUGGAACGAUUUGAAAUGAGAUCUAAUGUUAAUCAGUGGUUAAAUGCGUUGGUUAAAUGGGUUAACAAGGGGUUUACAAAUUAAGCAUGCAAGGGAAUUGCCUUAACUAAAUACUGUUAAUGAUAAAUACUUGAUGGAAACCAGCAGCUGAGUUGAUCUUUCAUACAUUUUCCCCCUCAUCUAGAGGCUAUUUCUAAACAUUUCCAACUUUCAAAUCAUUUCAUAAUAUAAAACCCAACCGAAAAGAAGCAAAUCAUAUAUAUAAAUAUUUCUCCGAGUAUAUUUUUAUGGGCCAAGAUGGAUAAGCAGCAGCCAGAGGCAGAUCAGAAGCAGAGGCAUAGGGAUCGAGUCAUAGCCGAGGCCCUGGACAAAAUCAAGGUGUAUGUGGAAAAUGGCCAGGAGGAGGCUUUCAUUCAAAUAAAGCCGCCACAGCUGACCAGCUUCCAAAUGCAAGCCAUUGACAAGAAUCCUCUGGAUGGCCAGGACCUAAUGGAAUGUGAUGGAGUAGAGGCUUCAGCUGUCGAUCGAUGGAAUAGUAACGAGGUGCUAGAGUUGGACCUCAUCAAGCCGGAGGAUAGGGAACACUUAGGAAAGACUCUAACUGACGAGCUCACUGGCGAAAAUUAUAUGCUGUUGCCCAUGGAUAUUGACAUUCUGAUUAAUUCCGACAUCCUCACAACUCCCUGUGUGGUAAAGGAGCACAUCGAGGACGAGCAGGAGGAAAAGGCCAACUGGCACAGCUUCCAACUCCAACCUGCAGAGGGAGACCAGCAUAGCCAGGAACCAGGCAGUCAGUAUUGCAGGCAUGAGUUUAAGGUUCCCAAACUCAAUUUGAACUUUAAGCUUUUCCUAGCCUCAACAUUGGAGGAAGCCAAGUAGAAGUUGGGAAAGGACUAAGAUACAGCUCACCCUCUCACAGAUAAGAUAUAAUGAUCUGUUUGGACCAAUAUCAAGUGAAAUCUAACCAAUUUUCAAUUUAAAACUAAAUUAGAGCGCUAAUAAAAUUCAAAUAGGUACAAGA